AUGAGCUACUACGGCAGCUACUAUGGAGGCCUGGGCUAUGGCUAUGGCUCUGGUUAUGGCUGUGGAUGUGGCAGCUACCGUGGCCUAGGCUAUGGCUAUGGCAGCUGUGGCUGUAGAGGCCUGGGCUAUGGUGGCUAUGGCUAUGGAGGCUUGGGCUAUGGUGGCUAUGGCUAUGGCUGCUGCCGCCCAUCUUGCUGUGGAAGGUAUUCUUCCUAUGGCUUUUACUAAAGAAUUACCUGCUCCUGUGGUGUCCCUCCCUGCUUUGGAUUAAUUCCAUGACCUUGGAAGGACAUCACUUUCCAUCUGCCUCUACAGCUGGUUGGUGUGAGAGAACUAUCACAAGAAGGUCUUGGAAUCUCCAGGAAGCACUCAGGGCAGGGACCAAGAAGAAGCAGGACCUACCCUUCUGGGAAAAGAUGCAGAAUCUCCUCCAACAACAGCUCAUUUCUACCAUGGCUGAGUUUUCUGUUACUGCUUUUCAAUAAACUUUCUUCACUGCCUUAACAAAA